UGCAGUCCCCUCUCUUACUCACACAGAGAGCCUGACCUGGACUGGAACUGUGAGCCGGCAGCCUACCCAGCUCAGAAAAGGAAACUGCUCUCUACACAGAUAUCUCUGGAGGAACCCAAAGAUGGGAGUUUGUCCACAACGACUCAGCCAUGGCCACAGCACAGUAUACCCCUGAUAAGCCUCUGCCCAGAUGUUAAAAAGGACAAGAUCUCCAAAAGAUGCUGGACGAAGUAGGACUGGCUACUGAAUACUAGUUGCUCAAACUGCAGGAGCACCUAGGAGUGACCUGUGCCCCAACUUUACAACACCUGGAAGAAAAAGAUCUACAGAAGCUGAAAUCCCACAGACAACAUCCAUGGGAGAAAAAGGCCCUGGAGAAGCUGUUUAUCCUGUCACGCUCACAUGGUCUUUCGUUACUGGAAUCUCAGGAGGGGAUUAUCAAGAAAGAGCCACAGCAGGCAAAACAGGAACUGAAGGAGCUGAGGGAGGGAGGAGACAACAAGAAGAGACACUGAGGGCAAAAGAAACUGAGAUGAGGCAAGCAUUGGAGAACCAUGAGAAAGAUAAGCCACUUCCUCCACAACCUCUAGGGGAAGUCAUGGAAAACAUGCAGAGAAAGCCAAACUCAAUAGAGGGGACACAGUCUCACAGGCAAAAUCUCCCAGAUAAAGAGCUAUUGCAGUGGGCAUCUGGAGGGCUGGCCCUGCAGGGAAUUUAUAAAACCCGCCUCCAAAGUGGCCUAAUUGAAAAGAGAGAGCAGCUACUCAGUGUCCCCAAGGAAUUUACACUCUCUGGCCCUGAGCAGCACACACGAAUGGAAACAAAGGAAUUUACAUCAUCCCAAGCAGAAUCCAUGUUCACUCAGACUAUGGAGAAGCUGGGCUUUAGUAUAACUGCCUCCAUCAAGGGUGGAGGUUGGGGAAUUAGUCUAGAAGCUGGAACAGACUACAGCAGACAUUCAGAAUCUCAGGAAACCAAACAGUCAAGUUCUGAGCAUUCAUAUUUCUGCUCAGUCAAGUUUAAAUACAUCCCCAUGGCCUCCUUCCACUUUUCUAUUGAUCAGCUCCAAUUCUCCAAGGCUGCUCUCCAAGAACUGAAAUGCAUGGAAGGCCUUCUGGAUCCAAAUGCAGGUCCAGACAGAAUCUCCUCAUUGAGGGGCAGAACUGAACACUUCUUCGACAGUUUUGGUUCUCAUGCUAACCAAGGGCCUCUGCACCUGGGAGGAAUCUACUGGUGGAAGGCUGUUUCAGAGGGUUUCCAAUGGAAACAGUUGGCAGAAGUGAAAAGGCAAUCAGCAAAGGCCCUGGACUGUUACAUAAGUGGCAGCUACAGUGGCUUUCAAGCAAAGGUUGGUGCAGGCAUAAAUGUGUCAAACUCUUGUUCAAAAACAGACACUCAGAACAAAACAUUGCAAAAUCUCCAAACCCAAAUCCAACUCUCCGUGGCUCACACAGGUGGUCCACCAGAAGCCAAUGGCCUUGUCCAGUGGGAAAAUGGCCUUGGUGCCACCAAUCAAACCUGGUGUGUCAUUGACCGGGGACUUCAGCUGGUACCCAUCUGGGACAUCAUCCUCACCAGCCACAGAACUGAUUUUAAGAAUCCCAUUAAACUGGCUAAUUUUCUAAAAGAGAGCUACACAAAUCUGACUAGUCUCAAAGCUGACAUCCAAGUUGGAGAGGAAAUACUGAAUGUUGAGAAAGAAGCUAGACUUUUCCUAGAGGAUGUGAAACACUGGGAAAUAUCUGAUCCUGAGAAACAGCUUAGAAAACUGAUAAAUUUCAUGCAAAUGUUGAGUCAAAAAAUAAAAAGUUAUGACAUUUGGAUUAAUGUAUGCCUCACAAAUUGGGAUCUGCAGAAUUUUCUAAUCAACAUUGUUGACUUUUGUAAAACGUCUUCCAAUUUUAAUACUAAAUUCAUUAAAUCUCAGUUACGCAGCCUUCUGGAUCCACACAUCUACGGAGUGACAAAUUUUCCUCAAACCGACUCCAUCAUGCAGUGGAUCUUCCAGUCAGAGCCACAACAAAAGCAAAUCAACAUCUCCAACUUUUCAGGAUUAAUUAAAAUCUUAAGAGAGACCCAGAAUGACCUCAUGGAAGUGAAAGCCAAAUAUGAUUCCCCAGAAAAGGUGGAGGAAGUUCAACGAAAAGCCACUUACCAAGUCAGCUUGGCUCUCAGCAGCUUCUUGAAUUAUCUCCAAGAAAAAGAUCAGCCAGAAAUGCAGCUCUUGCUACUUUCCAUUGCGUCUGGUGCAGGUUAUCAUGAGGCAAACAAAACUUUUCAGUAUCUCCUGGGUUAUGAGGAGUUAAGCUUUCUACAGAAUAAAAUGGAAACUGCCCAAGAUAAAUACCAGGAGCUCAGAAAUAUUCGCAGCUACAGGGCUCAGGCUUUCCUUGUGCUCACAAGUCUGACAGCCACAGUUGGAGUCACUGCUCUUUCUCCAGAAGAGAAAACACAACGCCUGAUUUUAAUAAGACAACACAAGGGGCUAUCAUUAUCAAAAGAAGUAGCACAAGUCCUCACCAAACUUGGGGCAGACCAUGAUUGGGAAAACCUAGAGAAAGACUUGAGAUUGCUCAUCACUGGGGAUUAUAAAGCCGUAAGCCCUUCUUUGCAAAUGGAUGUUAUGAUAAAGCAAUUGCAAAGUCUCUUAGAUGAAAAGAAACACUCCUAUGAACCUCAUGAUAAUAAAAAUAAGAAGCAGGAAGUGAUAGAAAAUGGAGCCUUUCUAGACUUACUCCAGCGUCUAGGCCUAGAACACUAUUACCCACAAAAGAUGAGUAAAGCAAACUUCCACUUGAUCUAUAAGAAUUCUGUGUACAACACUCAUCCCAGCUCUGAACAGGAACUUCCCUUCUAUUUUCUGCAGAAGCUACUGAUGCUGGAUUAUGGCCUGAGACACUUGAUCUUUGAAGAUGAUGGAAACACAGAACACCAAGUCUAUCCAAGUGCUUCAAGCCAGAAAAAUGUUUUUGAUCCAUAUGAAGACUAUACUGAAGAUAGCAACAGCUCCACUGAACUUUUGAUAACUCAUUCCAGACCCCACAUUCACCCAAUGGAUAUCCAAAUGGCAAUCUUUCACUGUGCAGAUGAUUUUGCCAGACGAUAUAUUUUGACCAAACUUAGCAUUUGUCAGUUUGCCCUCCCCCUUGUGGUGCCUAAUCCCUGCACUUUGCAGAUUGAAUUCUCUCUUUGGUCUCUUGGUCAAAUUAGGAAAAGUUGGCAACAAGCAACAAAAUUACCAAAAGGAAACAAGAGUUUCAAGAAUUUGCAGAUGUGUCACGUCUCUACCCCCAUUGUGUCCUUCAUUAGAGUUGGAAAAGACCUCUCUGCUUCCAAAUCGCAGAUCAUGAACUGUGUUCUCAGUGAACGUAAACAUGAGGUGUUUUUCCACCGACACUGCAUAGGAAGCAGCAAAGACUGUCUCCUGAUGGAGGGUGUAGUAGAAAUUUGCUGGUUCUGUCCUGGAGGAGAAGAUGAGGACAGAUUUGACAACUGUGUGGCUUUCACCAAUCUUCACGGAGAUGCAAAGGAAAAUCAGCGACAGCUCACAUUCCUGCAGGAGAUCUCUUCUCUCAUUGUGGUCCUCAUGUCAACUUCUGAUAAAAAUGAAGAAAACAAGAAAAUUGUCCGUGACCUGUGCCAGUCACCACAACCUUUGAUUUGUUUGCUUGAUGACAAAGAUAAAAGUAAGGACAAAAAUGCUGACAAAAAAGUGAUUAUUGGUAUCAAGGAUAGAAAUGAGGCAGAAUUAACAAAGGAGCUCACAACUACAAUCAGACAUUUGCUAGAGCUCUCAGAUAUAACUCACAGUUUAGAGGAUUGUUCCCUGAUUGCUCACAAGCAUGGGUUCCUUAUUGAUGAAAAUAAGAGAGAUUGCAAGGAAGCCAAAGAAAAGGCACAGGUUGUAAUUGCCCUACUAAGAGAAAUGAAUGUAAGUCAAAUGAAGGAAAACUUACUACCCCUUCAGGGACAACUGUGGCAUCUGUGGUGUAAAAAAGACAAAGAACUUUAUCAUCUGAGAGAAAAGGGGAAUCAAAGCAUUGAACAACACAAGAGUGAGAUUGAGACAGCAAAACAAAUAAUUCGUCGUGAACAGUUGGCUAGAGCCUUCCCUAUCAAUGAUUUAAUGCGAUCUGUCCUUCAAAUUCUCCAAGAAUAUUCAGAGACACACUGCAAACUCUACUUCUUGCAGUGGCUGAGUGUGUUUUUGGACAACUUGACUGCAGGACAUUUGGAAAAACUACGUGAGAAGCAAAGAUCUUUGUGGUCACAGGUACAGAAUGAAAAGAAAAAGGUGCCAAAGAUCACCUCCCUGAAAGGCUGGCAAAGGGAGAUAGAAGCCAUCUCCACAGAGAUUAGCAAAUGUACCUUGGGAAUCGAUCAACUUCUCAGAGAAAUUGGCCAGAUCUAUGAAGCUCUGGAAGAGGCAUCCUCCAUAAAUGAUUCCCUAUUUCUCUCCCUUCCCCAAAUUGCUGCAGACCUGAUGAUAUCUGGGGCACCCAUUGAACUGAUGGAUGGAGAUGUGUCAUAUGUGCCUCUAAAGUGGGUGGCAGCUGUUUUUGACAAGGUCUCUGAGAAACUUGGAGACAAACGGCUAUUUGUUCUCUCUAUUGUUGGCCUGCAGAGUUCAGGGAAGUCCACCCUGCUGAAUGCACUGUUUGGGCUGCAGUUUACUGUCAGUGCAGGCAGGUGUACCCGGGGGGCCUACAUGCAGCUUCUGAAGGUGGAGGAGACCUUCACAGAGGAACUGGGCUUUGAUUUUGUGCUUGUUGUGGACACAGAAGGACUUCGGGCUCCAGAACUCAGCAAUAAAUGCCAGGAUCGGGACAACGAGUUGGCUACCUUUGUCACUGGACUUGGAAACCUGACUCUCAUCAACAUUUUUGGAGAGAACCCAUCAGAGAUGCAGGAUAUCCUACAAAUAGUUGUCCAAGCCUUUCUGAGGAUGAAGCAAGUGAAAAUAUCCCCAAGUUGCCUCUUUGUCCAUCAGAACGUGGGAGAAGUUACAGCUAAAGACCAAACCAUGGAAGGACGAAGAAGACUAGAGCAGAGGCUAGAUGAAAUGGCAGCCAUAGCUGCAGAACAAGAACAGUGCUCAGACGUAACUCGCUUCAGUGAUGUCAUUAAGUUUGAUAUCAAAACUCACAUCUACUACUUUGCUCAUCUCUGGGAUGGCAAUCCCCCAAUGGCCCCUCCCAAUCUUCGCUACAGCCGCAACGUCCAGGAACUAAAAAAUAGAAUUCUUAUGACCGCCAAAGAGGAAUCCAGGGGAAGUCUCAUGAAGAUAUCAGAUGUAAAAUUCAGAGUUCAAGAUUUGUGGAGGGCCCUGUUGAAUGAGAACUUUAUUUUCAGUUUCAGGAACACCCGAGAGGUGAUGGCCAUGAGUAAACUGGAAACCAUGUAUAAUGAAUGGACCUGGGAGCUGAGGAGUCACGUGCUGAGCUUGCAGAACCAGCUGAUGAACCAGAUUCAGAAUGGAAAAGUACAGACAUUCAAAACUUGCACACUUGAGUCUCCUGUUACAGAAAAAUAUGAAGCCGUCAAGCAAGAACUUUACAAAUAUUUUACAGAAGACCCAGAAAGUGAAAUACUAAUUCAAUGGAAAGCAAAUUUUGAACAGAAGCUAAGAAUCCUUAAGGAGGGACUCAUUGAAGACUGCAAAAGAAAAGCCAAUGAACUUAUUAGUUUUAGAGAAAGUCAAAAAAGACUGGAUAAGAAAAAGACAGAUUAUGAAAGUGAAAUAUUGGAAAGAAGCCGAAAUUUGGCUUUAAGUAUAAAGGAUAAAGAAUUGAGUGAGGAAGAGUUAUGUGAAAAAUUCAAUCCACUUUGGACAAAAUGGGUCUGUGAUGUGUCCUCAACUCUUCCUCAAGUUAAAGAGCCAAACAUUGAUGUGGAUUCUGAACACAUCCUUUUGGAAUAUUUCAAUAAGGAGAUCGACAUUGCAGGCAUACUGAAGAAAAAUUCUGGAGAGCCCAAGUUUCAAAUCAAUUAUGACAAACAUGUGAUAAUGAAUAAGAAAAGCUAUUUUAGUACAAGGCAGUUGGGAGUCCAAGAUAUAGACUCCAUUAAUAUAAUUACUAAGCAAAUCAUUUUGAGAUUUAAUGAAACUAUGAGUGAUAUUUGGAGGCAACGGCGUGAUUACAACUCAUGUUAUUUUCAUAAAAUCUUGAAAAUAAUAGAUAAUGAAGUGAAAUCAGCAGCCACUGAAGGAAGAUACACAUUCACAAGUAAAUAUAACAUUGACUUAGCUUUGUGUUUAUUCCAAAGAGCAUCAGAGGAGUUUAAAGAAAUACACAGGGCAUUCAAGAGAGCAAACGAUCCUGUGAACUACCUGGAAAGCAAGAAAGAUGAUUUUUUCAUGAGUUUUAAGAUCUCUUGCCAAGGAGCAACCUCCAUCAAGACAUUUGUUGAUUUUCUGUGGCAUAAGCUCACUCCUGCUGUUUCUACCACCAUAUGGGAAAAAAUGCCUCCUAAAAUUGCUGGAGAUAUGCGAGUUACCUGCCCUGCAUUCAACGGAAAUAGGUCUAACCUGGAGAAGCAUAUUCUUAUCUCUCUGGCUGAAGAAGAAAACUUUGAUAAUUACUGGCAAUACCUCCAUAAUUCAGAAUUAUUUUUCAGGAGCUACAUUGAAAGCCAUAUUAAAAAAUAUUGUUUGGACAGAGGAGGUGAAAAAAUAAAGACUUUCUUUAAAAUCAGUUUAGAGGACAUUAAGAAUGCCAUCCUCUCUGCCAUUCUUGAAUCCACAAGAGUAGCUAAAGAUAAAAGCAGCACUGCAUCUGAGUGGCUGGAUUUGUUCUGUGAUCAUCUGGGGAGCAACAUGAUCUUCCCACGGAGAGACUUGAUAAGCAUUGAGCACCAGGAGAUUAAAGAUAUUGAGUUUCUCAAAGAAGCCAUGAGUGCAGCUUUGGAUCCUGCAAUGAAGACAGUAGAAGAGAACUGUUUGAGUGUGCCUGUAGAACUGAUGGUCCCUGAAAUUGAGAAAAUGCUCUCUGAACAUCUCUGUGGCUGCUGGAAACAAUGUCCCUUCUGUGGAGCGAUUUGUACAAACACAAUUGCUACACACGAAGGAGACCACAGUGUUCCCUUCCACCGGCCUCAGGCUGUCAAUGGAUGGAAGUGGUAUAAAACGGAACACUUUUCCCUUGAUUGCUGCACUAGUUUGGUAGCAAGUGAUGCUACCUUUCUUUUUAGAGAUGACCUGCGAAUCCCAUAUAAGAAUUAUCGGCAAGCAGGAGGGGAUUAUGCCACGUGGAGCAUCACCCCAGACUCAUCCACCCAGCCAUACUGGAAAUGGUUUGUCUCUCACUUCAGAUCAAAGCUAGAAAAUAAAUAUAAGCAAAAUUUUACAAGUAAAGGUAAAAUCCCUGACGAAUGGGCCAAGAUUACAAAGCAGGAUGUCCUUGAUGACUUGAAAAAACUAUAAUAGUCAAUAAGCACAACAGAUCCAAUAUCCGAAUAAGAGUCACAGUACCGGAACAAUCCUAAUCCACCCCCUCACAAUCAGAACUUUUGCUGUUUCUACUUUUAAAAUGAAUGAUGUAAAAAAAUAUCAGUUAACAUUGUAAGAGCAAAGAUUUCCUAUAAAGGACUUUCUAUCCCUCUGCCUCAAUUUCUUCUGGUUUAAAGAAAAAUUACUAAAAUAUAUAAACAUGUGGUAAAAAUAAAAAUCCUCUUAAAAUAGCAACUGUAGAGAGCCAGCAGAUGGCAUAAUGGUUAUGUCUCUGCACUUUCAUGUAGUGAACCACGGAUCAAGUACCAGACCUGGUGACUUAAAACUCAUGCCCUGUGAGUGUGCGUGCAUGCCCAAAAUCCCAAGAAGAGAAUGGAGGAGAAGGGAUUGCACUGUGGCCAUCCCCACUGGGGGAUGUUUUCUCACUUUCUGUCUCUCUGGCAAACACAUGUGUCCUACAGCAAAAAUCUCUCUUUGAAAAAAAAUCAACUUCAGAAUUUAAACUAUUGUUCAGAAUACUGUUUUUAAAAGCAACAACAAAAUAAUAAAAAUAAUAAUAAUUUAAAAAAACAGUUUUCUGUUUUUUGUUUUUUUGUUUUUUUUUCUCACAGAAAAGUGUUCUAACAGAGAAAAACUCACAAUCAUUGCAGGCUACAAAUGUGUAUAAAAUAAUUAUGUGGUAGGCCAGUCAGUGGUAUCCUGUUUGAGGUAGCUGGUUUCCACACGGAGAACUGGACAGUUCAACUUCUGGACUGGUGGCUUGAAAAACACACCAGGCAUGUCCAAAAUACUAAGAGGAGAAUGAAGGAGAGUGAUUGU